UACACAAACACAAAAUGUGUUCUCUCUGCAAGUACACUCAGUAGACAAUAUCUACGCGCAGAUCUUCGUUUGCUCCUAGCUAGAUAUUAUGGAUUAUAUAGAGGAAGAGAACUAUGUCUACGCAGAGAAUUAUACCUAUAACGUCAGCUAUGACGCCUACCAACCCAUCUGUGAGAAAGAGGAUGUACGCUCCUUUGCGAGACUCUUCCAGCCGGUGGUGUAUGGAUUGUGUCUGAUAGUGGGUGUAGCAGGCAAUGCUCUGGUGGUGGCUGUGUACAUGAAUGGCAAGCGGCAGCAGACAGUGACGGAUGCUCUGGUGGUCCACCUGGCUGUGGCGGACCUUCUGCUGCUGCUGACCCUGCCCUUCUGGGCCGCGGCGUCCGUACGUGGCUGGGAGCUCGGCGAGGCGCUCUGUAAGCUCGUCGCAGCCUUGUAUACCGUCAACUUCACCUGUAGCAUGCUGAUCCUGGCUUGCAUCAGUCUGGACAGAUAUCUGGCACUAACCCCCGCGGUGAGGAACAGGAUCCUGGGCAGGGUGUUCAGGAAGGAGCAAUUGUCCAAGCUCGGCCUCGUGGUGUGGACAACUGCUUUCUUGCUAGGGGUCCCCGACUUGGCGCUCUGCACGAUCAAACACCUGCCUGGCAGGCAGGUGUGCAUGGCUGUGUACCCGUCAGGUGUAGCCCUCCAGGUGAAGAUGGCUAUGGAGAUUUUCCAGGUAGUGCUGAGCUUCCUGGCACCACUGGCAACGAUGGUGUACUGCUACACCCACGUGGUACGCACCCUGUUGGGUCUCCCACUAGAGAGCAGAGGUCGAAGGAGGUGGAGGCCGGUCCGUGUGCUGCUGGUUGUAGUUGGGGCGUUUGUGCUCACGCAGCUGCCCUACAACGUGCUGAAGUUCUGCCGGACCCUGGACAUGAUGCAUGAGCUGGUGACCCACUGCGGUGUGAGCAAAGCCCUGGACAUGGCGGCACAUGUCACAGAGAGCCUGGCCCUGUCCCACUGCUGCCUGAACCCUGUGCUCUAUGCUUUUAUCGGCGCCUCCUUCAGACAGCAUGUGAUGAAGUUCGCCAAGGGCAUCGGCCAGAGGAGGAGAUCAGCACAGAGAGGAGGGGACCAGGGAGUAAACAUCUCCUUCAAUUCUAAUUCACAGUCCCAAAAGACAAGCAGCUUCUCUAUAUGAGAAUAUUUCAAAUGGUGCAAAAAGAGUAUGGUUGUGGCUGCAUAACCAGAUGUACCGUAUCCAGAUACACCUUUCACACUACUGAAUCUGAAAUUAGUGUCUAUAUAUGAAUAGAAAUCUCCAGGUGUCUCCCUGUUGGUUGAGAUGAGUAUGAGUGUGCACAGGCCAAGGUUUCUAAUAGUAACUGUAAAAAGCUCUCUGGGUCUGACAGUCCACGACAAAAAAAUAUUUGAAAGAUGUUUAUGGUCUCGGAACAUUCAAAAUGAAAGUUUUGUGCAUCAGAAAAGAUGAUAUUAACCUAAUAUUAAAAUAUUAACCUUUAAAGGAAAUAUGUUUACAUUAAAAAAAUAUAUAUAUGUUAAAUAUAUUUGACAUAUGUACAUUUUAAAAUGUUUACACAAUUACAAGUUUUAUAUCUACAUAUAUGCAUAUGUAGGCUAUUCAGAUUCUAGCAUAUAUGUCUACAUACAUAUACAGUCACAGAGGACGCUUUGCCAGAUUAUGGCCAAAUGUAUCAUAUUUUCAUGUGCAAAAUUAAUUUUGUGAGUCACUCAUGAUAGUUUCUCUUCCACAUAAUCAUUUCCGUUUUUGAGUGUUAGUGAAUGGAUGGCUUUACAAAUUGCCUGCACAUUUGAGCAAGAAGGGGCGCAAUGCCCGGAACUAUUGCAUAUUUACAACCAUACACUAAUAUUUUUAGAAGCAGAAACAGCGAUCCUCUUACCACGUAUAUCUGAAGCACUUUUUUUUCUUUUUUUUUUGUAAAUGAAAGAUGUUUAAAGGUUCUGUUUCGGUUUGAGCAACAGGUUUUUUCAUAUAAUUUUCUAUUUUGCAUAGUUAAAAAACAAAUAACAAAAAAAACAAAACAAAAAAACAACAACAACCUAACGCUGUCUUCACAUUGCACUGUUGAAAACCACAACAUGUCAUUAUACUUAUUAUACUGUCUUUAGCUUUCAGAUGUUAAUACACUGUGGGUGAAUACCGCAGAGGUUUAAAUGUUAAUUACUGCAAAUACACACAAAUAUAUUUAAAAUUAAACUGUUUCUAUUAGAAAAACAGGACAUCUCUGUUACCUAGAUCCAGAUUGUUUUUCGCACUUGAUUUUUACUUGAUAGUAUCAAGGACAAAUGUUAAGAUGAUCAUUCAUCGCAAAGUGGAACCACAAAUAAAAUCACACACCUCUGCUGAUUGUUUUUCAAAAAAAAAAAACAAACAUAUUUCAGAUAUUUCAGUUGUUUGGUGAAAAUGUAAACAUUUUAUUUCAUCCUUUGUUAUUUAAUUCUCUUUCAUUUCUAUAAUAAUUUCAAACUUAGUGAUCUGAUCAGUGCCUUUGCCUUGAGCAAUCCCAGUAAACCACUGCUAUCUGUCCGGGUGACAUGGUGUAGAUACAUGGAGAUGUUAGUACAUUUGAAUCAACGUAACCUACACAUUAUUCACCAUUUUCUUCUAAAAUCCUGCAUGCUCUUUAGGCCCAAUAUGUGUGCACAUAUACAACUGCUAAAUACCCCUAGUAUUUAUGCAACUGUCUGUGGGUUUUGACUUGUGACUAUAUGAUCAAGGAACACCCAUCAUAUCCAUCUGUCUAAUGAAAAAAGCAUAUAGCAAUUUCUUUUUAAUCUAACAGUCACACCAAGAAACUAACAGAAAGAAACAGAUUAAGCCUUAAUGGAUGGAAUGUUCCCUAAUCUGAAGAAGCCUUGAUUAAGAUGAAAUAUUAAUGCUCAAUAACCGAUCAGUUCACAAAGUUUGAGAUUAUAAAAUAAACUAAAUGGAAUCAAAUAAAAAGGGGAAAAAAUUAUCAAAAAAAAAAAUAGAAAUGUUUGCUUUUUGUUUUAUAAAUGAAAAUCAGCAGUUCACUUUAUGCACUCAAAUAUUUUGUUACAAAUAUUAAAGCAUU